UUACAUGCAAAUUUGCUGAAUUUCAAAAAUGAGAGAGGUAAGAAAAGAAAAUCCCCGAUUAGUGAAGCAACAGGUGAGAAAAUAUUCUACCGACAGGAAUAUUUAUGAAAGUGAAAAGGUUAUUAGCUUAAAUCGCGGUAUCAGUUUUGAAUGGCUAUGAACCGUUCGCGCCUGCGCAGUGUCAUAAACAGCGUUCGCGGUACAGAGAGAACCAUCAGUGAACAGUUAGUUCAGCCAUCGCGGCACCGAUUUGACCGGUUCUGAAUUAGUCCUGAACUGGUUCUAACAGUUCCUGAAUCGGUCGAAGGACGCAGAGUUCGCACAUGCGCAGUUAUCGAUUAUGGGCAAUUUAAACGUGAUCUACUUGUUUAGUUGUGAGUAAAAAUUUUUAAACAACUUAUUUGAUAGGACACACGUAGCAAUGUCUGAUAUCAGUGAUGCAUAUGAGCACUUCAGCUCCAGCGAUGAUGAUUUAGAAGAGACAUUGGACCUCAUUCAAAUACCAAAGUGUGAAGGAUAUUUUGAAGACGUUGUUCGGCAAAUGCCAGACAACGUAUAUUUUGACCACUUCCGUAUGAGCCGGCAAAAAACAGAGUAUCUUGCUGAAAAAUUUGCUGUAUCACAAUACUUUUCAGUCGGCAGAGAAGGUGAUUCAGAGAAAAUUAGCGCACUGAAGUUUAUAACUGUUUUCUUAUGGUAUGCUGGAAAUGAGGCUUAUUCAAACAGAGAUGUAGCCGACAGAUUCAACAUAUCAGUAAGCAGCUUGCACAAGAUUAUAAAACGGCUUACGUAUUUUUUGAGUAACCUUGCCACAGAAGUAAUAAGAUGGCCAGAUGGAGAGGAAAAAGUCAUUAUAAGCCAACAUUUUACAGAAAAUAACUUCCCAGGUGUGAUAGGUGCUCUAGAUGGUACACACAUUAGAAUUGAUAAACCAUCACAAGAUCCAGAAUCGUACUUCAUUAGAAAAAGUUUCUACUCCAUCCAAGCCCAAAUUGUGUGCGACCACAAACGAAGAAUUCGGGAUAUAUUUCUGGGAUUUCCUGGCUCUGUUCAUGAUAGCAGAGUUUUUUCAGCAUCACCUCUUGGUGAUCAUUUGGCAGAGAUGUGUGGACAGUAUCAUCUACUUGGAGACAGUGCUUAUCCAUGUCUGGUUAAUUUAUUAACACCUUUCAGGGAUAACGGUCACCUCACUAGGCGGCAAAAAAAUUAUAACUAUUUGCUUGCAACAAAUAGGUAUAUUAUUGAACAUUGCUUUGGAAUUCUUAAACAAAAAUGGAGAAAAUUGUAUCACAUAAAAAUGCACAAAAUUGCAGAUAUAGUUCAUUUUAUUCGAGCUUGUGCAGUCCUUCAUAAUAUAUGUUUGGAAGAGACAAUUGUUAUAGUCCCUGAAAAUACAGAAUUGCCAAUAAACCAGGUCCUUGAUAAUACUGUAGAUGAUAACAACAGAAAUGGGAAUGAGAGGCGAUAUGACAUCAUGAAUCGUCUUCCUAUAAUAUUGUAAACGUCUUACAGAAGACCUAAGGGUUGUUUAAAAAAUUGGAGUCAAUUCCUCUAAAAGGAUCAGAGAUCACUCAUUUCAAAAACAUUUAUCUUCCUUCAUAUGUGGACUGGAAAAAAACAUAAAAUUACCCCAUUUUUUACUGUUAUUCUCAGCCUAUAUAGGAGGAUGAAAAAUGUUUUUACAUAAUUGAUUUACAGGCUAUUGAUCUAAUAAAAUGGUUCAGUGAAAAAAAAUUUCAGUCUGUGGAACGGUUGUUGCCCUCGCACUAUUCACUUGGAUUACAUGAAACCUCAAAAUUAAAGUUUUUGACUAAACAUCUAAAAACUGGACAUUCAAGGCUUUAGAUAACUUGUAAAACCUUAAUAUGAUCAUUUUUCAUAGAUACAGCACUUCACUAAAAUUUGAAAUUGCUAUUUGAUCCCUUGAUUGUUCCCAUUAGUGUAUUAUUUUACAUGUAUGCAUUUAUUUUUGGUUUAUUCAUAUUGGAUAGCCCACAGAUCAGUACCUGAAAGGUGCAUAAGCGGAGCAAUAUUUUUUAUCUGUAUCAGUCUAGGCCUU